AUGGCAGACAGCCAAAAAUUAUCAAUCUUUCUAGAUCACGGUGGGCGUUUUGUUAUGUUGGAUAAUGCGAUGGAGUAUUUUGGAGGAGACGUUCAUAUCAGGCAUGGUAUUGAUUUUGAUAGGUUUGGGUACUUGGAUUUAGUAGAUGAAAUUGAAAAACUUGGUUACACUGAGGUUGGAAAAUUGUAUUACAAGAUCCGUGGGGAAAUGGGAUCGGUUACUUACAUAAAUAUCCACAAUGAUGCUACUUUGAUGGAUAUGAUUGCAAAUGACUUGCCAAAAUUGUUUCAAAACUGGAAGUCAUGUAAGAAUGCCCCGGUUGAGAACCCACAAAAGAAGCAAAAAAGUGCAGAGUCACAUGGCACUGCAGCUGAGAAUCCUCCACCAGCUCCCCAAUCUGGUAAGAAAAAACCAAGAAGGAACCCUGUGAGGAUGACUCAGACUGAACCAGCUCUUCAAUCUGAAAAUGAUCAUGGAAGUCAAAUAUAUAGAGAAAGAAAUUUGUGGCAGAGGUCAGAGAGGGAGGGUUCAAAGAGGAAGAGGUCAAAGAGGAAGGGGUCAUACCACUGGCACUCAAGAGAGUACAACAAAUUAGUUUUAUGCAUUCUUAAUGGGAUU